UUCACUUAUAUAAAUACGGAGCACGGAGGGAAUAUCAAAUAAAACAAAAAAGAUGAAGUAGAAAGUAGGAUUAUGGAAGGUUGAACCGAGUCUAUUAACUAAUAUUAAAACAGAGUAUGCUGACGUCACCACUGCCUACAUGUCGCUUUCUUAAUAAAUUUUUCCGCCUAAAUGCAAGGAAGAUGUCAUCUUUUUUAUUUUUUUUUAUUUUUUAUAUGGAGCUAUUAUAUUUAACAAUUUUGAAAUUUAAAUGUUUGAAGCUUCUACAUUACAACUAAAACCUAUCAAUUCUUAGGAAUUUUAAAUAUAACUAAUAAAUUACCUCCUACAUACUUUUUUUUUUUUUUUUUUUUGAGGCCAAAUAACCUCCUACGUUGAAAUAUAUAUUAGAUGACGUUGAACCGAUACUAUUUCAUAAUUUUGAUGAACAUCUAAAAUUUUAAAAUUACUUUUUUUUUUUUGUACAAGGUGCAUAAUUCUUAUAUAGGUUUUAUAUAAACGUUCUAACCUAGUAUAUAAAUAUAUUGCAUUUUAGUCGAUUACGCGUUGUUGAGUAGUUUAGAGUUAGUUGAUGAUAAUAAUUUCGACCAAAUAAGAGUAUUUUAUACGGUAUUUAACUCGUGAUUCACGACUGGAAUGUGAUAUAAAUUGUUCCCAUUUCCAAUCUCUGACCAAACUAAAAAGUAGUCUAAAUUUGGUAGAGCAAAAAAUAAACAGAAAUCAUCAUGAGUUUUGGGAAAGAAGCUCCACCAUUGCCAAUGUAUGAACGUAAAGUUCUGAGACAUGUGCCUACUAUGGUCAGAAGACGAUAUGAUCCAGAUCUUAACAAGAAAAUUGAUGCAACUCAAGGCAUGUAUUCAAAUCAUAGCAAUAGCGAAAGUGGAGGAGCCAAAGAUGAUGCAAAUCUUGCAGGCUUUGUGAAUGUUUGUGUUGAAGAUAAAUUUGUAGAUGAUGGACAUGUUGAUAAUGAUCAAGGUUCAUCAUGUUUAGAAGAUUGCGAAGACGAAGACUAUGGAGCUGUAGAUGGGAAUACCCAUGAAAACAUUGUGGAUGAUAGUGUCAAAAAUGAAGUACAGGGCUUGCAUAUAGAAGAUACUGAGAGUGAAGGUGAUGGAACUAUUGUGGAUGUUGAAGAUAAAAUUGAGGAUGAUGGACAUGCAAAUUUUUUUGAUGAUCAAGGUUUGCUUGCAGAAGAUGGUAAAAGCAAAGGUGAUGGAACUAAAGCUGCAAAUGUUGCAAGCUAUUACGUGGAUGUCAGCGUCCGAGAUGAAGCACAAGACAAUGAGCUUAUUGGAAACUUUGACAAUAAACAAGGUUCUCAAGUGGAAGAAGAUUGCAAAAACAAAAGCGAUGGAUCUAAAGAUGCAAUUGUUGUUAGUGCCAUAGAUCAGCCCGUAGACAUUGCUAAUGAAAACUUUGACGAUAAACAAGAUUUUAUCUCAGGAGCAUUGAAGAAUACACUGGAACAGGAUGGCUACGACUUACGUUGUCCUGUUUGCAAGCAGUAUUUCACCCAAACAAUGAUUUUGAGACGAAGGGAAGACCGCCAACUAUACAAAACAACAUGCUUUUCCAGUUUAGAUGCUUUAUUUUGUAGCAACCGGUGGUAGUUGUCUAAGGACAAACAGUCUCGUGAUCUCAUUUUGGCAUUGGUGGAACAAUGCGACGCAAUGAUCAUGAGUGAUAUGCGAGCAAGCUCCAUCAACAUACAUUGGCGGUGUUGUGGCGAACACAGUGUAGCUAACUACAGCUUAGAAAAUGAAAUCUCUCUUGUGACGAUAGAUGUGUAACGAUUCGGGGUCUUGUAGGCUUUGCCAAACCCUCUUUGGUUCUCAACUUGGCCUUUCUUCAUUGACUAUGAACUAUUGCUAUAAUACAUAAUAAAUUAGAUAUAAACUAUCAGCAUACGUCUCGUGCAUCACACAUGUUUAACUAGUAUUUUUUAUCAAUUAUACCUUUAUGCAUGUGGUACAUAACACAUGAUUUCUUUUGAGAGGAUGAAUUACGUAAUGUGUUGUUGCUUAAACGUAUUUUUAUAUAUCGGAAAGUAUUGAAAACCUAGAUAGCCUUAAAUAGGAGUGGGAAAAAUUACUUCACAAUGGUUCUAAAAUAUUACUUCGUAUAAUAAAAUGUUUCUCAAGGUAAGAAAAAAAAAUUUGAAAAAGUUUUAGCGGCUCCAUCUUAACUUGGGUGCAAUGCUUAAACAAAAAUACAAAAAUAUGAUAAAAAUUUUGGGUCAUAUUUCAAUGUGGCGCAUCCAACUAUCAGGGGCGGAGCCAUGUAGGAACAAGGGGGGACGGUUGUCCUCCCAUUUUUCCAAAAAAAAAUUUAAUUUAUGUUAGCUUAAAUAAAUGUUGUAAAUAAGAAUAAAUAACUUACAUGUAUACCUUAUAUAACAAAGACAACAUUUGGUCUGGUGGUUGAUGGGCUUGAGUAAAGCUUGUAUUUCUCUUUGAUCCUAGGUUCGAUUCUUUACCCGAUCAUUUUUUUUGUUUCUUUUUGCUAUUUUUGGACUUUAUUUUAAUUUCAUUUUAUAGUUUAUACAAAGUGCUCCUAUUUAACUUCUUUUUCU